CGCCGCGCCCGGCCCGGGCAGCGCCGCAGCGAGGCCGGCGGGGCGGCCGGAGGAUGCGGGCGGGGCGGGCGCGCUGCCGUUCCCGGGUCGGGCAGCUAGAGAGCAGUGCAGGGAGCGCCAGCCCGAGCCCGCAGCUCCCUUCCUGUGGGCAAGGCCGACAGCGGAGCCGAGCGCCGGCCGAGGAGGCCCGGCCCGGCCGCCCCCGCUCCGCUCGCCCAUGGCGGAGACCAAGAUCAUCUACCACAUCGACGAGGAGGAGACGCCGUACCUGGUGAAGCUGCCCGUGCCGCCGGAGAAAGUCACGCUGGCCGAUUUCAAAAAUGUCCUCAGCAACCGGCCCGUGCACAGCUACAAGUUCUUCUUCAAGUCCAUGGACCAGGAUUUCGGGGUGGUGAAGGAAGAGAUCUCAGAUGACAACGCAAAGCUGCCUUGCUUCAAUGGAAGAGUGGUGUCCUGGCUGGUCCUGGCCGAGAGCUCCCACUCCGACACGGGCUCGCAGUGCACCGAGAGCCACGUGGAGCUUCCCCCAGCCCUGGAGAGGACAGGAGGCAUCGGAGACUCCCGGCCCCCCUCCUUCCACCCCAACGCCGGCAGCAGCCGGGACGGCCUGGACAACGAGACCGGGAGCGAGUCCGUGCUCAGCCACCGGCGGGAGCGGCACCGGCGCCGGCCCCGCGAGGGCCACGAGGACGCCCCCAGGGUCAACGGGCACCCCAAGCUGGACAGGCACCGGGAGCACCCCCCUGGCUACGACAGCUCCUCCACCAUGCUGAGCAGCGAGCUGGAGUCCAGCAGCUUCAUCGACUCCGAGGAGGAUGACAACACCAGCAGGUUGAGCAGCUCCACGGAGCAGAGCACCUCGUCCCGCCUCAUCCGCAAGCACAAGCGCCGGAGGAGGAAACAGAGGAUGCGGCAGAUCGACAGGUCGUCCUCGUUCAGCAGCAUCACUGACUCCACCAUGUCCCUAAACAUCAUCACUGUCACACUCAACAUGGAAAAGUACAACUUCCUGGGAAUCAGCAUUGUGGGGCAGAGCAAUGACCGGGGCGAUGGUGGCAUCUACAUCGGCUCCAUCAUGAAGGGAGGGGCGGUGGCGGCGGACGGGCGCAUCGAGCCAGGGGACAUGCUGCUGCAGGUGAAUGAUGUCAAUUUUGAGAACAUGAGCAAUGACGAUGCCGUUCGGGUUCUACGGGAAAUCGUCUCCAAACCAGGACCUAUCAGCCUAACAGUAGCCAAAUGCUGGGACCCUACUCCCAGGAGUUAUUUCACCAUCCCCAGGGCUGAGCCGGUGCGGCCGAUUGACCCCGCGGCGUGGAUCUCUCAUACCACGGCCAUGACGGGAGCGUACCCCCGUUACGGUAUGAGCCCCUCCAUGAGCAUCACCACAUCUACCAGCUCCUCACUAACAAGCUCAAUUCCCGAGUCGGAAAAAUUAGAAGAAUCUCCCCUAACUGUGAAGAGUGACAUGGCUACUAUUGUCAAGGUCAUGCAGCUGCCCGACUCAGGCCUUGAAAUUCGGGACAGGAUGUGGUUAAAAAUCACCAUCUCCAACGCAGUCAUCGGAGCAGACGUGGUGGACUGGCUUUACACACACGUGGAAGGCUUCAAGGACCGCCGGGAGGCCAGGAAAUACGCCAGCAGCAUGCUGAAACACGGCUACCUCAGGCACACUGUGAACAAGAUCACCUUCUCAGAGCAGUGCUACUACGUCUUCGGAGACCUCUGUGGCAACCUGGCUGCACUGAACCUCAACAACGGUUCCAGCGGCGCCUCGGACCAGGACACGCUGGCUCCUCUGCCUCACCCCGCUGCCCCCUGGCCCCUGGGCCAGGGGUAUCCCUACCAGUACCCUCUGCCCCCUCCGUGCUUCCCUCCAGCCUACCAAGAGCCAGGCUUCAGCUAUGGCAGUGGCAGUGCAGGCAGCCAGCAGAGUGAAGGGAGCAAAAGCAGCGGCUCCAACCGGAGCACCAGCGAGAGCAGCAGGAGAGCGGCGGGCAGGGAGAAGGAGCGCAAGUCCGGGGGCAGCGGCAGCGAGUCGGAGCGGCGCGAGCGGCCGCUCAGCCAGCUCAGCCAGCGCUCGGCCAGCGACAGGAGCCACCAGAGCCACCAGAGCCAGCACUCCUACGGGCCCCCGGGGCUGCCCCCCUUGUACAGCCUGCCCAAGCUGGGCUCCAAGGCGCUGGGCAGCAGCGGGCCGCCCGGGGCGCCGCCGGUGCGCGAGCUGGGCGCCGUGCCGCCCGAGCUCACCGCCAGCCGCCAGUCCUUCCAGAAGGCCAUGGGCAACCCUUGCGAGUUCUUCGUGGACAUCAUGUGAGAGGAAGUGCCUUCAAAAGACUCUGCACAGGGUGGGGGUUUUGUUGGUUUGUUUUUUGGGGGGGUGGGAUGCUCAGUUGGAAGAGGCUUGGCUGUCUUGCAUGUCACACCUUCCUGUUCGCGAGCGUGGCGCAGAAAACUAAAAAAAAAAAAUCGACAAAACUGGACAAAAAAAAAGAAAAAAAUACAAACCCCCCCCUACACACCUGCAAAAAUGAACAACAGAAUCUGCUGGGAUUGUUAAAUAUCAGCAAAUCGACGGCAUCUUUUCCUUAGGUUUGUUUUUUCUCCCCUCCCCGUCUUGGAUUGUGAAUGGCUGGUGUAUAUUCACAUCUUAAUGAGCUUUGGUCAUUGUGGCACCUCUUCAGUGGAAUUAGUGUCUCUCUCUGGGCUGAGUGGAGGACUGGUAUUUCACAUGACUUCUAAAUUCCUGACAAUGCAUAGGAGCACUUUGAUUUUAUUUUUUUUCCCUGCUUUUUCUCUUGCGAGGACAAAAGGACUGCUGGCUGGUAUCUGGGAUACUGCCUUGGAAUGCUGGUUCUUGGAUGCAUCCCUGGCUCUGAGCAGACAUGGCACCCACAGGUGCUUGGAAAGGAGCAGGAUCCAACCAAUUCCUAGAGGAAAACAAAGUUGUGGCUACUUCCUGCUGACUAGGCAGUAUAAAUCAAUCUUUCUUGGGUUGUUUAAGGGUUUUUUUAAAAGAUAUUCUAUCAAGGGAGUGCUGGAGUCUUGCUACUGUAUGUGUUCAUUGUGCAGAACUUGUCAAGUUAUUUCCUUCAGUUCUUUCCUUAUUUCCCAAGAGUGAUUUUGCAGCUGCCCUCGGUUCCUGGGCAGUGCAGUCACAUCCCUGCUGCCAGGCGUGCCUGUUCCCUCUGCACGUGCACUUGCUUGCAGGUUGGAAGAGUUAUUCCCACAGAAACAGGAAAAUUGCUGCAGGUCUGUCAGCUUUGCCCUUUUGAAGGGGCUGGGAUCCCAUUCCAGCAGAGAAAUCCUGGCUCCCACUGGAACGUGGCUCUUCUUUGUGAUCCCUCCUUCCUUUCUGAGCACAAUCUGUCUCUUUUUUGUUAAAACAGAGACCUGGAGAUGUCUGAUCCCCCAGAGCACAGUGAGGUGUGAGGGUGUCUGAGAACAGACCAGAAAUGGUACAAAAAGAAAUCCUUACCCCACCCUGCAGCUCCUCAAAAAGAAAUCCUUACCCUGAAACCGAGUGAGACCCACCCUGGAGCUCCCAAAAAAUAAAUCCUUACCAUGGCACUGAGUGAGACCCACCCUGGAGCUCCCCAAAAAUAAAUCCUUACCAUGGCACUGAGUGAGACCCACCCUGGAGCUCCCCAAAACUAAAUCCUUACCCUGACUCUGAGUUAAACUCACUCUGGAGCUCCCCAAAAAGAAAUCAUACCCCUUGACAGCAAGUUAUACCAACCCUGGAGCUCCUCAAAAUGAAAACCUUACCCCUGACACCAAGUUAGACCCACCCUGGAUUCCCCAAAAAUAAAUCCUUUACCCUGACUCCUCCUCCUGCUGAGGAGCUCUGCUGUUGAAUAUCCCCAAGAUUUAAUUCCUGGCUGUUUUCUGCUCCGAGGCUGUAGAAAGUAAAACUCAGGCAGCUUCAGGGCUGUUUAAGAAGAUUUUUGAGGCAUGGUGAGCACAGCCAUGCUCUCCUGUGGCUCAUUUGAUGAGACAGGAGCUGCAGCCACUCUGGAUUUCCUCUGUUAAAUUCUCUUUUGUGGGAUCCCUGCUGCUGCCAGGUUUUAGGGCAGGUGCUUUAAAACCAGUUUUUACUGUAAAUAAGCAUUUUCUCCACUGGUAAGAAGCUGCUUUUUGAUCUGUUCUGUGCUUUUUGGGUAAAUAUCCAAGGUGGAUGUGGAGAGAAAUGUUUGUCUCUUACACACACAGUUCAUCCUGAAAGCUGACCCUUCAAAAUGUCUUUUUAAUUCUGAUUUUCCACUUCUUUCCUUUUUCCCUCCUCCCUUUGUCAGAGACUCCAGAUGUCUGUGGGAAAGGGAGACUCAAUUUCUCCUUCCCCGGGGAGCCAGGAAUUUGGGGAACUCUCACUUAGCCCAUUUCUGGGCUUCUAAAUGAAUUUCCUUUACAAAAACCUCCCCAAAAAAAAGCUGCCCAAGGCUUCUGGAAGCAGAGCUUCCAUCACCACCCGGGGAUGGCUCCUCCAAAAGAGCCUAAAGCUUGGCAGGACUUUUCUUUCCCUCCCCUCUCCUCCCAGAUGCAAACCUGGCUUGGUAAAAUUCUGAAAUACUGCCAUUAAAUCAGGGUAACAGAGUGCUGGAAAUCUGAGGCACUGCUGAGCAGUCUGUGACCUCACUGACAAUCACUAGUGGUUCUACUUUUAAAUUAAUUGAGAUUUUUUUUUCUGGCAUUUUAUAAAUUAUGAUUUCUCUGGCUCUGUUUGUUUUAAGGCAGAACUCAAAGGGCUGGAGAAAAAAAGAAUCUUUUAAUAUUUCCAAAAAAAGGGAUGAAAGCUGGGCUGAGCUUUUCACCCAUUUCAUUUCCAAGAGCUGCAGUUCACACACCUGCUGGGGGUCUGGUUGUGUCUCGUGGUUUUGCUGUUGGCAGAAACUGUUCUGUGUCUUGCUGGUCUUUGCUGCUAUGUUGAAAAAUGACUUUUUUUUCCUAAAUGUGUGUGCUCGUGGGUCACCCUGGGACGGGGCUGGGAGUCCCCAGCAGACGUGGGAAUGGUUUGCUGAGGAAAUCAGGAGGAGCUUCCCCCACUGCAGGGAAAGGGUUCACAGGUGGAUCCUCUUGAACAGUGCAAUAUUGAACAGGGACACAAAAAUCUGCUUUUUAUCCCCAUGCUGGGCUGGAGGUUGGGUCUGAAUCUCUGCCAGCUCUGUUUCCUCAAAGGAACAAAAAUGAGAUUUCCCAAAUAUUGAACAGUGACACAAAAAUCUGCAUUUUAUCCCCAUGCUGGGCUGGAGGUCAGGUCUGAAUCUCUGCCAGCUCUGUUUCCUCAGGGGAACAAAAAUGAGAUUUCUCAAACCCAAAUAUUGACCAGGGACACAAAAAUCUGCGUAUUUCCCCUGUGCUGGGCUGAAGGUCGGGUCUGAAUCUUUGCCAGCUCUGUUUCCUCAGGGGAACAAAAAUGAGAUUUCCCAAAUAUUGAACAGUGACACAAAAAUCUGCAUUUUUCUCCUGUGCUGGGCUGGAGGUCAGGUCUGAAUCUUUGCCAGCUCUGUUUCCUCAGGGGAACAAAAAUGAGAUUUCCCAAACCCAAAUAUUGAACAGUGACACAAAAAUCUGCAUUAUUUUUCUCCCUGUGCAGAGGCUGGGCUGAAGGUUAGGUCUGAAUCUUUGCCAGCUCUGUUUCCUCAAAGGAACAAAAAUGAGAUUUCCCAAAUAUUGAACAGUGACACAAAAAUCUGCAUUUUUCCCCAUGCUGGGCUGAAGGUCAGGUCUGAAUCUUUGCCAGAUCUGCUUCCUCAGAGGAACAAAAAUGAGAUUUCCCAAAUCCACCCUUGGCCUCCACCCUUUGUGUCUUUGCAGCCCUGUCCUGCUGGGCACAGCAUUCACUCCCUGUGCCAGCCGUGCCAGGGGAGCUGCCCACAGUGGGAAUUGUGCCAGGGGAAGGAGGAUGUGGAGGCUGGAGUGCUGCAGAGGCAGCAUUGCUUACCCACCAGGGCCUGGAAUUGAAUUUUGCUGUGCAGGGCUUGGGAACACCUCAGAGCAGGAGCCUGAAUAAUUGGACUAAAGCAAUUCUUCUUCAAAAGUUGUUUUUUUCAAAUAAAUAAUUUUCAUUCUGCAGCUGAGCUCCUGCUCACCCAUCCCUGCAGCAGGGAUGUCUGGGGGCUCCUGGAGAAGGAGGAGGAAACAUUUUGGGGUGACUUCUCCCCAGGAUCUGCACCUGGGCUGUCUCCACCCAGUAUUUGAACCCUGAAAAAUAAAAUUUUUUGGCAAAUAUAGUCUUAAAAGCAUGCUGGUGUCUUUUACCUCCUGCUAAUGAACCUGCUUUUCCAAGGAAUCAGUGCCCUGGACACUUUAUCCAAAGUUUUAUUGGAUGGCAAGCAAUGAUGCACAGAUGUUGACUUUUGGUAGGAUUUUUGUUCUCUCUGAUUUUUGUUCUUUUCCCCUCCUGAGACUUGACAGCUCAUGGGUUGAUGUAAUUGUUUUGGUUUUAUUUUUAUUUUUAAUUUUUAUUUUUUGUUUUUUUUUGUUCUGCAUUUAACUGGAUUGUAAGAAGAUUGACUUAAAAUUAUUAAUUCUAAUCAGUGAUUAGAAAUACAUGUAAAGAAUUUAAUGUACAGUAGAGGAACAAAGUGACAUGAUUUUAAAUAAUGAAAACCCCAGACUAUCACCUGUCCUAGAACUGGUUCUACUCCAAGAGUGACCUCUCGUUAGCAUGGACUGCACUGUUCCUGUUAAUUGUCUAUUGCAUAAUGGAAUUCUUUUUUGUAGAUAUUGUAUGAAAACCCAAGUGUCUGUAUAGUUAAUAUAUAGCUGCUUACGUGUAAAUGCUAUUUUAAACACUAAAAAGCUUUUAAUUUUAUGUGAUAA